CGCUUUUCUGCGGUGUAUAUAACAGCGAGGCAGCUGGAAAGAGUACUCAGUCUCUUGAAAACUGCUCUGCAACCCGGGUCUGAAGGCAGGAGGAGGGGAAAAGCCCAGCCAGUAGGUUAUUUGGAUUCCAGAUUGACUGGCCAUGAGUGCAAUUGACUUGACUUCCAUCCUCGAUCUUCUGGAUGUGGGAAAUUUCUCUGAUAGCAACUGGACGUGCAACAAUGGAGACUGCAUCAUUGUGGACACACUCUCAUGCCCUAGCACACUUAAUAAAAGUGUCUUACUGUACAGCCUCUCUAUCUUCUACAUCUUUAUCUUUGUGAUAGGGCUGGUGGCCAACUCGGUGGUUGUCUGGGUCAAUCUCCAGGCCAAAGCGACUGGUUAUGAAACCCACCUCUACAUCUUCAAUCUAGCCAUCGCUGACCUGUGCGUUGUCAUCACCCUUCCAGUCUGGGUGGUCUCCCUUGUCCAGCAUAACCAAUGGCACAUGGGAGAAAUCACAUGCAAGAUCACUCACCUUAUAUUUUCCAUCAACUUGUUUGGGAGCAUCUUCUUCCUGGCAUGUAUGAGUGUGGACCGCUACCUCUCAGUUGCCUACUUCACCAAUUCCAGUAACUGCAAGAAGAAGAUCAUCCGACGCUUCAUCUGCAUCUUUGUGUGGCUUCUUGCCUUCUGUGUAUCUCUCCCAGACACCUAUUACCUGAAGACCGUCUCUUCAAACAAUGAAACUUACUGCCGCCCUCUCUAUCCAGAGGAGAGCUUCAAAGAGUGGCUAGUUGGCAUGGAGCUCAUCUCUGUUGUGUUGGGCUUUGCCAUUCCUUUUCCCAUCAUUGCCCUUUUUUAUUUUCUCCUUGCAAGGACCAUCUCUUCCUCCAGUGACCAAGAAAGGAAGAGCAAUGGGAAAAUCAUUUUCUCUUAUGUUGUUGUGUUUCUUGUCUGCUGGCUGCCCUACCACGUGGUCGUCCUGCUCGACAUCUUCUCGGUCCUUCAUUUUAUACCCUUCAGUUGUCAAAUGGAGAACUUUCUGUAUGCGGCUCUUCACGUCACCCAGUGUUUCUCCCUCAUCCAUUGCUGCGUCAACCCCAUACUCUACAGCUUCAUCAACCGAAAUUACAGAUACGAGCUCAUGAAAGCCUUUAUUUUCAAGUACUCGGCCAAAACAGGCCUCACCAAACUUAUUGAUGCUUCCAGAGUAUCCGAAGCUGAGUACUCUGCUCUGGAGCAAAAUGCCAAAUGAUUAUCACUCCCUAAGGACUUCUCUUGGACCAUUUCAUACUUGUCUCUGAUGGGGCGUGAAUUCACAGCUUGGAAGAGAAAUAAAGAACCAUAAUUUAAAUUUAGAGUUUGGAGCAAACCAAAAUCAUGCAUUUCUUUUAAUGUGUUUUGUUUUAUCUACUGCUAGCUAAUCCAGCUUUCUGGAACGAGACCAGGGUGCAAAUUCUAUGCAAAUGGGGGAGAAUUUGUAGUAAACAAAGCCAUUGUGUACCACGGAUAUCACGUCUUCAGGAUAGACUUUUUUUCCCAUGUGUAAAGGAGACCCUCUCUUGGUUUCAUUGUAUAUGUGUUCUAUAGAUAUAGAUAUAUAUAGCGUGUUGUAUUUAAAAACCCAAGACUUUAUUUUCUGGCUGUUGGUGUACCUUAUACAAAUGUCUUUGAAAGUUUAAAUAUAUUUUUAUCAUGUAUUUGAAGUAUAUUGCUGAUAAUUGUAUCCAGAGUGCUGUAGUCUGAAUGUUAGAUAGUCCAGUUGUAGUCAAAAUGAAUGACAAAGGAUGACAUUAAUAGCUGUCUGGAGAUGAUGUAUAUUAUGUGUGUGUCUACUUUGGCUGGCACAUUUUAUUUACAAUAGCUUUAUGUUAUGGUGUAUACCCAUAUAUAUGGAAAUAAGCUGUAUGUACAGUACUGUGAUAUAGUUUCAAGUAUCAGAGGGGUAGCCAUGUUAGUCUGGAUCUGUAAAAAGCGACAGAGUCCUGUGGCACCUUAUAGACUAACAGAUGUAU